AUGUCUACACCACCAAAUCCUCAGAAGGAGAACACAACUCAGAGACCAACACAGAGCCGCUGGAUCCCACAAACCCUUUUAAACUCCAAGGAACUAUUCGAGGAUCCGAAAUUACUGUCACUUCAGGAGAAGAGGAAUAUCGACCGCAAAAGGAUCUCUAAGCAGAUCAUAGAGUGCUUCGCGUUAGGCCAUUUUGUAAGGUUUCUGUGUGAAUAUAAACCGUUGGAGGGAGAGAAAGAGGCUGUAGAAGAGGUCAUAAUGGAUUUGAUUGAAGAACGCGGCGAGUUGUUUGCAACUCUUAUGCUAUCAUCGUCAUUUAUCCGAUCGAUAGGAGAUGACAGCCGCUCGAACGAAGACAACUCUACAUCAAAUCCUGGGGAGAAAACGAUCGGUUGGGAGGGAAAGUUCGAUGUCGUAUUACUCUUUUUCGGGUGGUAUGAAAGCAGUAAAUGA